CACAGCUCUUUCCUUGUUCUUGUGACUGUUUGCCAUAGUCCUCGUGAUUCGUACAAAUACAUUUAGCCAUGUUGACUAGUUAGCAGCGGACUUAGCAUUAGAGUUGCAGUAAUUAUGUGAGAGAAGUUUAGAAUGGCUCGUCAGACUGUUGUUUACGUGUUAUGUGUAGUUUAUUAUGUGUGUCAGGCUGCUGCAAACACGCAUCCAAACAUCAUCAUCAUGCUAAUGGAUGAUAUGGGUUGGGGAGAUCUGGGGGUGUUUGGAGAGCCCUCUAAGGAAACACCGAACUUGGAUCUAAUGGCCACUCAAGGGAUGCUGUUUCCAAACUUCUACACAGCCAACCCGCUCUGCUCCCCCUCCAGGGCAGCGCUGCUUACCGGUAGACUGCCUGUGCGAAAUGGAUUCUACACCACCAAUGGUCACGCUAGAAACGCAUACACACCACAGGAGAUUGUUGGUGGAAUGUCUGAGGAUGAGAUUCUGCUUCCAGAACUGCUGAAGAAGAAAGAUUAUGUCAGCAAGAUCAUCGGCAAGUGGCACCUCGGUCACAGAUCUCAAUACCUACCUCUCAACCAUGGUUUCGAUGAAUGGUUUGGUUCACCCAACUGCCAUUUUGGCCCUUACAAUAACAGCUUCCGUCCCAACAUACCCGUCUACAACAACUCCCUAAUGAAAGGAAGGUAUUUCGAGGAGUUUGGGAUAAAUGUGAAAACGGGUGAAUCCAACCUCACCCAAAUCUAUUUGAAGGAAGGUCUGGACUUCAUCUCUCGACAGGUCACGGGCCGGCAGCCUUUCUUUCUCUACUGGGCUCCAGAUGCAACACACGCGCCUGUCUAUGCCUCAAAAAGCUUUCUGGGAAAGAGCAAGAGGGGGCGUUACGGCGACGCAGUGAUGGAGCUGGACCACAGCAUCGGACAGAUUCUGUCCCGGCUGGUCAGUCUUGGAAUCAAUAACAACACGAUGGUGUUCUUCAGCUCAGAUAAUGGGGCAGCGGUGAUGUCCGGACCACUUGAAAGUGGCAGUAACGGCCCGUUCCUCUGUGGGAAGGAAACUACGUUUGAGGGUGGCAUGAGAGAACCAGCCAUUGCCUGGUGGCCUGGCAGGAUCCCAGCUGGCACAGUGAGUGCUCAGUUGGGCAGCGUGAUGGAUCUCUUCACCACGAGUCUCGCUGUGGCCGGUCUUGUUCCACCUGAUGAUCGCAUCAUUGAUGGAAUAGAUCUUAGUCCCGUCCUCUUCAACAACUCACUCGUGAACCGGCCCAUCUACUAUUACCGUGGCAACCAGUUGAUGGCAGUGCGGGUCGGUCAGUACAAAGCUCACUACUGGACAUGGAGCAACUCAUUGGAGGAAUUUAACAAGGGUAUAAACUUCUGCCCUGGUCAGGAGGUGCCUGGUGUCACCACACACACGCAAGAGGAGCACGCCAUCCAGCCAAUCAUCUUCCACCUGGGGCAGGACCCCGGGGAGAGAUAUCCAAUCAGUGUUUUGUCUGAGGAAUACCGAGAUGUUUUGAGAUACGUGACAGCAGUGGUAGAGCAGCAUCAGAAGGAUCUGAUUCCAGGAACGCCACAGCUCAACAUGUGUGACCUCGCCGUCAUGAAUUGGAGUCCUCCCGGCUGUGAGCAGCUGAACAAAUGUCUCAAAGGACCCGAGUCAAAGCCAUGGAAGUGUGACUGGCCACAUUAAUUUAUACAGGAAACCCACAGAAACAUUCAUCAAGGGACAAAUCCCAUCUUGAAACACGUACAGAUCAAAUUUUACGCCCUAUAAAUACAUCAUAUUUUUCUUUUAAGGGAAGAUUAGGUUUUCACUUUCAAUCAUUGGUCUCUUAUGACAUUUAAACUGAGCUUGACCUUUGUUUCUUUUCACAUCAGAUAUUAUAUCAUAGUAGUUUCGAUAGAAGGCUGUAAUUAAACAACGAAUUGUCUGUACAUUUUAAUGUAAAUACAUGUGCUGUAUUUAAAUAUGUAUGUAUGAUGUGAUUUUAAAAUCAAUCAAACGUUCUUAAAAGCACCCUUUAUUCUUACUUUUUAAAGUCGAAAGUACCAUUUUUCACCACAUAGAACCAUAGAUGAUGUUUUUUAAAGGGACCAAACAGCCAACAGUGGUUUUUGUACUGCAUAUGACACCUUUAUUUUUAUUAUGAACUGUAAAAUAAUAAUAGGAUUAUUGGAUGAAUUUUAUGACUGUUCCUAAAAAUCAAAAUAAAGACCUUUUUCA